AUGGUAGAACUUGCGAACCACCAUGAGGCCGAAACGGGAGCAGACGAUACAAGCAUCAAUCGUGCUCGUGAAGUUCGGCUUGGCUCCGCCCCUGGUCAAACCAAGUGCUCGAUUUGCCAUAGUACUUUUCGAAGACCCGAGCAUUUGAAGCGUCAUUUUCGAAGCCACACUAAGGAGAAACCUUUCGAAUGUGCGCAGUGUGGACGUCAUUUCUCAAGAACUGACACACUCCAUCGUCAUGAACUAAGUCAUCAUACAUUGGGACCCGAAGGGGGAAAGGAUCGGAUGCAUCGCAUUACGGUCAAGACCUUCAGAGCCUGUUACAAAUGCGCAGUAGCCAGAGUAAGGUGCAGUGGUGGUUCCCCAUGCGUGCGGUGCGAGAACAGGUCUCUAGAAUGCCAGUAUCCAACGGAACGACGCUCCAAAGCCAAAACGCGGAAGGAAGCGGCCCAGAACCUGUCUUCUGAUGGAAACAGUACGAUUCAUGGACAGGCUACUCAGCAUGGGUCCCCCUCUUCAACAGCAGGUGUUGAUGUCCACGGAGCGGAUAUCAGAGAGCAAUCAAGAAAUGAGCCUCCGAGAUUUCAGAUUACCGAAUUUCAGCUAGAUCUUACCGGCCCACAUCGCCUGGAUACAUCAUCGAAAGAUAUGCCUGCAGAGAAACCGCACGGGCCUCUUGGAGAAUUAUCGGAGCAUCAGAAUGGUCCGCCAGAAAACGAGACGGGUGAUUUGAACUCUCGAAUGCUCUUGUCAGAUGCUGGUGGUUCUGCGCACGAGACACGUGUAUCGUUGCCUGAAUAUGCUGGGUUGAGCUCGCAGCAUUUGUAUGCACAAUUGCCAGCAGCUGGCGUUCAGACAUUCCCACAAGAAUCGGCCUCGCAACUUGACCAUCGGUCGAGACCCAUCCAGCCACCAGUGGCAGCCACAUCCAAUCUCAAUCUGGAAUUGGCGGGAGUGGGAGGCCAGCAAAUUCAGCUCGGGUUUGACCCGCCAUUUUUAGAUCAAUCAAUGCUUUCUACCUUGAAUUGGUUGCCUAAUGAUAUGUUCCCCGAUACAACGAGUGAUCAAUCUCUCUCGAGGAUUCCUCCGCUCUCGGACCAGCUGGGUAUCCUGGACGAGCCGGUGAGUCGAACAGCAUGGCUACCUCCUGUCACCAGUUUGCGACAAAUGAGUCCCUCUGUGCGGGAGAAUCACUCACACAGCCCUUCCGGGCACAUGUCUGUGGGCACAGAUGCGGAGAGUCCCGGUCGAUUUUCCCGCAGCAUUGGGGAAGGUUCAUUACAUUCGGAGCCCUCAAACGCCACCAAGCGGUCGGGAGAUUUCUACGUGGACGGCGCUGGAGCUCGACUGCCAAAGUACCGACGAAACAGAACUUCGUGGUCAAGGUCAUCUGCAGAACCUAUUGAGAUCCUGUCACCAAUGCAUCAGCAUGAUACGCUACAUCAGUUCUCAUUUCCACUGAUUCAGGAGGUCAGGUCAGACUUCCUUCCGGGUGACGAAGCAGCCUUUGAUCGUCGGAUCGAAGCUCCGACCUAUGAUAAAAUCUACCACUCAUUCCUUCAGUUGUGCCGCACGGACAACCCUCUCUAUCCCAAAUUCGAGACUGGUAACUUUCCGAGCUCGGAUGCUCUUUCAAGCUUUCUAUAUCUUUACUUCGACUCAUUUCAGCCCGUGUAUCCCUUGUUCCAUUCCCCUACGUUCGACCCAAACAGCUGUCAUUGGCUUGUAACACUGGCUAUAUCAGCAGUCGGCUGUCGUUUCUCUGGUCUCACCCCUCUUGAUGAAUGCACUACGGCGUUUGAUGAAUUCCUUCGGCGGGCUAUCAAUAUUGAGGCUAUGACUCUCAGCUGCAUCGGAUUGCUACACAGUACCGGUAAUGAGCAAAGUAAAGUGUCCACACUCAAUGCCUUCGGCGACCUUGUCAAUUUCACCAUUCAGGAGAGAUUGCUCUGCGCCGCAGUCAAGCCAAUGGGUCAGUAUGGCGAUCUUCCGCUAGGACAAAAGUGGCAUGACUGGGUUGAAGAUGAAAUACGAAGACGGACCGGGUAUCUGAUAUGGCUUCUUGAUUGUUCCCUUGCGUACUAUUUUGAUAACCGGCCUUUGCUGUCGUUGGACGACGGGCAGUGUCCAUUGCCAUCUCAUGAGAAUCUCUGGAAUGCGCACUCGGCCGAAGCCUGGCGGGAUGUUCUUGAGAGAACUUCCGGUUUGCGAGAUAUCUCUCUGUACAAUGCAGUGCUCACAAUCUAUAUCGAGAAGAAGCUCGUCCCAGAGAUCGGAGAAUUCAGCCACGUCCUACUCAUUCACGCUCUCUAUCAUCGAAUGUGGGAGGUCGGUGACUAUUUUCGGCGUCCCUUAUCCUUCUGGAAUCCGACCGCAAAGAAGCAGUCCCGUGAUACCGCUAUCCCGUCGGGGUCUGUCUGGCUGCCAGGCAUCCCUUCGUACUCGAAAUGGCGCAACAGCGCAUGUGAUUGCUUGGAUAUUUUGCAUUGGACGGCGAACAGCACGAUCGCCAAAGCAGCAGGACUUGAGCAUCCUACCGUGCUACACCUCCAUGCUGCCCGAAUUAUCCUUCUCGCCCCAUUCCGCGAAAUUCGUUCUCUGGCGACCUCAUUGGCAAUGGGCAAGGUUCGCUGGAGCGAUCAUCAGCAAGCCCUUGAGUGGCAUUACAUAUUACGCUGGGUCAAACACGACCAGUACAAAGCUCGUCUUGCGAUAAUACAUGCAGGCACAACUUUGUGGCACGUAAGACGUUAUUCGACGAAUGCGUUUCACGAGCCGGUCGCUGUAUAUCUUUCAAUACUCACUUUAUGGGCGUAUGGCUCAUGUCAUGCCCAAAUAGCCGAAGACCCCAACUCAAGAUAUGGACCGCGGCAUCAUCAAGUCCGCGAACCAACAUUUAUCCACCUAGACCGACCAUGUGACGACGAGCUAGUCCAGCUCUUUGUCCGCGAGGGUCAUGUUAUGAGAGGAAACGUCACAGGUGUCGGGGACAUAUGUGCUCCACAUGGUCCUGAGCGCAUUUUGAAGGUUGGCUGCGAGACGCUUGCCGGGCUUACUUCAUGGGGAAUUAGCAAGAGAUUUAUUGCCAUCCUUACGAAGCUCGCGGAGCUAUCCUCGCAGUAA